UGAUUACAGGUGAAUGUAACAUCAUAUCACGCGAGCCGUCUGAAAGAGACAUUUGGGUAGCAUCAUCUCGCGUUUGCAAGCCUGUCGGACUCAAGCGAAGCGACACGCUCGAAGCAACGUGGAUAAGACCUGCGUUGCUUAUGCCUGAUUGUUUGUAGCCGCCAAGAGGCUGAUCAUGUCGCAUCAUGGAACCCCAUGUUAAAGUCUCUACCACUUGUCAAAAUCGGUUGCUUUACGGUGAGCUUUCUUGACCGCAAAUCUUAUACGUCAUCAUCAACAUGAAGCUACGAUUGCACAUCGGGCCUAUGCCAAUCAAACUCGCAUUGUGCUUAAUCUGCAUGGCUCUCAUGCUGUAUCAUCUUGCUGCAGCUCCUACGAGGUCAAAAGGAACGUCGAUCGAUACACUUGAACCAAGUGCAUC